UCAGUGGUAGCUGCCGAAGAUGGCGGCCGCCAGUCAGAUGUUCUUUCUCUCUUUGUUUACGUUACUCACAUUGCGUUAUGGAGACGCAAAGACACCUUUAAUUAGCGUAAUCGAGGCAUUAGAAAAGUUAGUGGUGUUUUAUAAAAAUAGUUAUCAAGACUUUAACGUGGAUGGACUGUUUGGAUUGCGUGUAGUAGAAGGUCAGGUGCAGCUCCUGCUGAAUGAGUACAACCAUGGGCAACACCAGCAGAUCAGCCCCGACGUCCUGGAGCGACUGCGCCACCUGGUACGGGAGGCAACUCAGGUCAGCAACCAGGCCUUGGAGUAUGUGAGGAAAGAUGACGAGACUUACUACAAUAAUUUUAAGUUUAUUGUGGGCACACCAUGGUCGAUAUAUCGGAAACAUCGCGGCAUUGACCCAAAACUCAAGUGGUUGCCAGAAAUCUACAAGGCUCAGAAAAAUGCCAACCUGGAUGAGGAAGUGAGUGACCGGUGUAUGGGGGAGCUGACAGGGGCCAGUCACAAGUAUGGCCGCUCCUGCAUCAUCAGCGACCAGUGUGUUAAGACCAUGACACUGCGGGGACUGACGGAGUAUGGCCUCACUCACCAGAUCCUGUGGACGAUGGUAGCAGAGAAGGCUGGCUGUCUCCAGGAGAUGAAGAACAUCAUCCAGGGUCAGGGGUACCCCGAUGUGGAGACCCUGCAGCUGGAGUUCUGCACCAACAACUACUACGAGAUGCUGGCUGUUGUUCACAUCUACAUGAAGGGGGUCAUUAGGACGGAGUAUCAGGACCUCUUUCUGGAGCAGCAGUUUGUAUGCCCCAACAUCGGCUUCUACGAGCACCUGACUCACGACUACCUCCAGCAGGUGCUGUCAUGGCAGAUGGAGUCGGGUUGCUUUGGUGACCCGAACCGUGGCAAAAAGAAGAAGAAGAAACAGAAACAUGUCCAGGACGGCUUCAACCGCACCGAGUACCAGCUCAUCAAUGCCAACAUGGCUGAUCAAUCCUAUAAGUUACUGAACAAUAAUCAAAAUAAUGUUGUCAAAAUGAAUGCUGCUUUGCCAAAUAGUAUUUUGUUAAAAAAGUUCAAUGCAAACCAAUCAAAAGCAUUGAAUUAUCAGUCGAGGAAGAGCAGGUUGAAUAAUGCACCGAGCGUGAAUGCAUUUCAUCAGCAGAGAGGAAGGCUAAAACCUCUGUCCGGCAACAAAGGAAAUAUUUCCUACCAACCCCAUCUGAAACCAGCAGAUAUUGGGGACACAGUAAACAAAGUAAAACAAAGUCCGGCUGUUGGAAAUAAUUUUGAGCAAACUCAAAAACACUUACCAUUAGUUAAUCCAGGAAAUAGCCUUAAUCAACCAAAUCGAAAUCAGCUGUUGAAAGUUCCCAAUAAUUUGAAUUUUCAACGAAAACAGCAACACGUGAACAUUCCCAAAGCUUUGAUUGGUGGGACUGCAAGGAGACAACUCUCGUAUGUACCAUCCCGAGGACCACAGCGAAAACUUUUGGUGGAGAAAUCUAUGGAAGGUGGCUGUUUUUCCCACAAGACGGCUGUAGGAGCAGGUGCUCUUGCCAUGUAUCUCCGUUACCUCAUUGACCCGGGACCUCUCGACCUCAACUCCACACACCGGGUGCUGCCUGAGAGCUCCCGGUCCCUGCUGGAGAAGGCAGACGCGAGUCUGGGAGACUCCCAGAAAGUGAAGAAGGAGGGCCUGAUCCCGGUGAAGCAGAAGCUGAAUGCUGAGGACUUGGCCCUGAAUCAGAUGGCUCCAGCCCUUGAAGACAGGGAGGGCGAGGAUGGGUUCGGAGACGGGGGUGACGGUGGAGAACAGUCGGAGGAGUAUGAGGGGGACGAGGACGAGGAUGAAGAUGGGGAUGAGGGUGUUGAUGAUGAGGCGUAUGAGGAUAAGGACAUGUAUCCUGAUAAGGAGGAGAACGUUCGUGAUAGGAAGAUUGUUCAUUUUGGUGCUGAAAAGAGGGAUGAGUUGAAUGAUGUGGAAAGAUUCGGGAAAGACGAUGAUGGCGGGUUGGUUGAUAACCUGGAUAUGGACCAGCCACUAAAGGGGGAUAACCCUCAGGGAAAUGCUGAUGAUGUGGAGUAUACCUAUUAUGAUGAACCGGAAAAAGAUGACCAAAAAGUUCAAAGGUCUAAUUUUAAGAAAGACACACAUGUUGUGAAAAGUCAUCAUAGGAAUAAAAGUCAUAAUCAGCAUGAAAGCAGACGUUUGGUUCGUGAUCCGAAAAGUCAGGACCCAAUUGGAAAGACAAUGUUCAUAGUAUUCUCUGUUUGCUUUCUGUUUUUGUUUUUCUUAAUGUACAGAUUUAUAAAGAAACGCCGGAUUCAUAUUCGCUACCAUCCAAGGACAAUGUUCAGCUUGUGAGUUGUGUGCGAUGUUGCUUUAUGAUGCUGUUUGUGUUGUUGCUGCUAUCAACCCCAUACUGCUGUUGGUCUGUCAUCAACUGCCUCACCCAUAUUGUAGAUCACAUUGCCUGAUGUAACACUUGGUAUGGACUGAAGGGGUCUGUACAUAGACCAAUUGAAUCUCUCAGGUAUAAGUGCAGGGCUUCGCUAAACUUGAUCACUUCUUGGGUGGGCUUUGCUAGCUGCAUGGGAGGGGCUUAUUUCUGAGUAUCUGCUUUGUCUGAGGUUAAGGAUGUUUUGUCAGGGUGCUACAAUUAGGAGGAAGGGGUAACAGAGUUGUUCUGGUUGUUUCAAUAACGUUCACACAAAGCAUCAUAUUGACCACAUUUCCCUUGUGGGUAUAGACCGGUGGGCUGGGCCAACAUCAAUCAAACACCUCUGCAUAGAGAUUUGCCAGUCUCAUCUACACUACUCAAAUUUGAUAGGGAUAAUCAGAUCAUUCUACACACUGGACAGAUUAUGAGGAUCAGUUUGUGUAUCUUGCAUGGAGAGAUAAAAAAUAUUCUUAUCCAAAGCGGAGUAGUAUAUUAUUGAUAAGCAAAACUACAUACGUUUCAAAAACUGUUAAAAGAAAUCAAAAGUUAAUUCGUCCAAAUUCAUGCAUUGUAUGGUGAUGAUGGCAUGAUCUCAUAUAAUAGGAACUAAGAGUUUGUGUAGUCUUCAUCUCUCCAACUUUUUAAAUGGACUUAACAGUUAUUCUUUACCUGUUUAAGGGACUAAUCCCGCUCUCUUAUGUAAAAAAAACAUGUUUAUUCAGAUAUAUUUUUAAAGAAAUAAUCUGUUCAACAAAAAACUAAAAACAAUUCAAUAUUUACAAAAGGAAUAAUUGCUUGCUUGGCAGGAUGGCUGUCCUGAUAAUUAAGUGUUAUUUUGUUGUUUAACACCAUACUCAGCAAUAUUCCAGUUAUGUCAUAAAGAACUGUAUAUGAUUGAGUCAGGAUCAGACAAUGCAGUGAUUGAUCUUGUGAGGAAUGAUUCAGACCGCCGUGGUACGAUGACAUGCAUCAACCAAGUCAUCGAGUCUGACCAACCGAUCUAUUUAGCAACCUAAUGACCAGUAUUGUCUGCUAAGGACGUAUUCAAACCUGGAAUCCCAGCAAGCAUAUGUUGUGAAAAAAAAACAAUCGGUACUUGUUUCGUAGAAAAAAAAUUUCAUUUUGAAGCAGUGACUGAAACCAAUAUCUUGUCUCUAAAA